AUGUCCAAACCAACCACCCUCCGCCUCCUCCUAACCCUCCUCCUCCUAAUCCAAUCCCUCUGCUGGUCCCUCACCCUCCUCCACCUCCUCCACCCCUCCAAACUACGCACCCUCCAAGCCAACACCGCCAACCUCCUCGCCCACCACGCCGCCGCCGUGCGCACGGCGACUCGCAUGUUGGCUCCCUUGGUGUCGCACCGUGCGACUGCUUUGUUGUCAUAUACGCAGAUUUAUGAGAUGUGGGAUGGGUUGGUGGCGUGA